UUCAUUGAUUCUUAGUUGUAUACCUACUCAUGUUAAUUUCAGUACAUAUUGUCGUUCUACUAAAAUAUUGUGAAACAGAAACAAGAUACUGUGUCAGCAUAACAGAAAGGCGCUGUUAAACUAAAAAAGUGGACCGUUCUUUUACCAAAGAGAGGACGGAACAAAGUAAAAUCCGAGUAUUACAGUGGUAUCAGUAUAAAUGUACAGUGCUUCAAUGACAUCCUUGUUCAUUAUUAUCACAUCGCUACUGAGAACCAGAAAGCCGAUAGCUACUGUGAGAAGGUUCACUAAAUAUAAACUUCCGCUUCCAAAAACUAUCCAUCUUACUUUAGAAAAAAGCUUUAUACAAGAUCGAGAAGUAUUCAUAAUAGGUGAUGUCCAUGGGUGUCUGGACGAACUAGAAGAGCUCCUCGAAUUAGCUAAGCUAGAAAUAAAGAAUAAGAAAAUGUUACCAAUAUUUGUGGGUGAUUUGGCGAACAAAGGACCGCAUAAUUUAAUGACCAUUAGGAAAGUCCGACAGAUGGAAGCAUUAUGUGUUCGGGGAAAUCACGAAGAAGCGAUUAUUCAACAUUAUUUAAAUUUGCAAAAUGAUGAUAACUAUGUUAUACCAGAGGUAUUCAAAUGGAUCACGGAGCUAGACACGGACGACAUCAAUUAUCUCCUAGAAUUGCCGUACACCAUAUCUAUUCCAACGAGGAAUAUAUUAAUUGUACAUGCUGGGUUAAUGCCUGGGAUUCCACUUCAUCAACAAAAUCUUGAUAAUUUUAUUCAUAUUAGAAAUUUAUAUCAAGAUAAUGAUGGUAACUUAAUAGCUUCAGAACUUCCAUUUCAGGGCGAGGCUUGGGCCUCUUUGUGGUCAGGAACUGAACAUGUAUAUUUUGGUCAUGAUGCUUCACGAAAAUUACAACAACAUCCAUAUGCGACCGGACUUGAUACAGGUUGUUUAUAUGGUAAUAUGCUUUCGGGAAUAUUUAUUAAUAGUAAGAAAAUGUUACAAGUAAAAGCCAAGAAGGUAUAUUCGGAACCAAAAGGUUUUAAAACACCAAAGUGAAUUAUCCUAGCACCAGAGACAUUCUUUAUGUCAGGCUCCUCCGAUACAAUGUAGCAUAUCUAGUGUAGUGAGAUAUACAAAGAA